CAGCAGCGCAGCCCCUUCCCAGCCCAGCGCCCCGUGGCCGAAGGGACCGCGGCCACCCCGCGCCGCCCCGGCCAUGAGGUCGGGCCGGAGAGACGCCACCUGUGCGGGGAGGUGAGCGGAGCCCCGGAGCCUUCCUCCUACCCCCGGGCAGCCACAGCGGCGGGGAAGCGCAGGGGGUGGAGGAAGGAAAAGGGAUAUUUUUUGUUUUAUUAUCUAUCGAUCUAUUUUUGCCGCGAUCGAUCCCGAUCCCGCAACUGAAGCCCCCGGAGGGAGAAGUGCUGCGCGCUGUGAUGCGUCUUCCUCUCGCCUCGGCUGCCAGUUUGGAUUGUAGCGCCCGGCUCCGUGCACUGCGAGGAUGGCUCGGUUUGGGGAUGAUCUGCCAACCCGCUAUGGAGGUGGAGGGCCGGCCGGGGCUGGAAGAGGGAGCAGCCGGCAAGGUGGCCCCCAAGCCGGCCAAAGGAUGUAUAAACAGUCGAUGGCUCAGAGAGCCAGGACUAUGGCUCUCUACAACCCCAUCCCUGUCAAACAGAACUGCUUCACAGUCAACAGAUCCCUCUUCAUCUUCAGUGAAGAUAAUGUUAUACGGAAAUACGCCAAGCGAAUAACAGAGUGGCCUCCAUUUGAAUACAUGAUUUUAGCUACAAUCAUAGCCAAUUGUAUUGUGCUGGCUCUGGAACAACAUUUGCCGGAUGGAGACAAGACACCGAUGUCAGAGAGAUUGGAUGACACUGAGCCGUACUUUAUUGGAAUAUUUUGUUUUGAAGCUGGUAUCAAAAUCAUCGCUCUGGGCUUUGUUUUUCACAAAGGCUCUUACCUGCGCAACGGCUGGAAUGUGAUGGAUUUUGUCGUGGUCCUCACUGGGAUUCUGGCCACUGCUGGGACAGACUUUGACCUGCGGACCCUGCGAGCCGUGCGGGUGCUGCGGCCCCUGAAACUCGUGUCAGGAAUCCCAAGCCUGCAGGUUGUCCUCAAGUCCAUUAUGAAGGCCAUGGUGCCCUUGCUGCAGAUUGGGCUGCUCCUCUUCUUCGCCAUCGUGAUGUUCGCCAUCAUCGGGCUGGAGUUUUACAUGGGCAAGUUCCACAAAACCUGCUUUUCCAACGAGACAGGUGAGGAGGUGGGGGAUUUUCCCUGUGGAGAGGAGCCUCCUGCCAGGCAGUGUGAGAGCGGGACCACGUGCAGGGAGUACUGGCAGGGCCCCAACUACGGCAUCACCAACUUUGACAACAUCCUCUUCGCCGUGCUCACCGUCUUCCAGUGCAUCACCAUGGAGGGCUGGACCGACAUCCUCUACAACACAAACGACGCUGCAGGAAACACCUGGAAUUGGCUUUACUUCAUCCCUCUCAUCAUCAUUGGCUCUUUCUUCAUGCUCAACUUGGUGCUGGGUGUCCUAUCAGGUGAAUUUGCCAAGGAGCGAGAGCGGGUGGAGAACCGCCGGGCGUUCCUGAAGCUCCGCAGGCAGCAGCAGAUCGAGCGCGAGCUCAACGGCUACCUGGAGUGGAUCUUCAAAGCAGAGGAGGUGAUGCUGGCCGAGGAGGACAAGAACGCCGAAGAGAAGUCCCCUUUGGACGGGAGGGCCGCCUCGGAAGGGCCGAUUCCUCAAGGCACGGCGCCGGCAGAGACUGGCAGCGGCAGCAGCUACAACAUGUUGAAAAGAGCCGCAAUAAAGAAGAGCAAAAAUGACCUGAUUCAUGCAGAAGAAGGUGAGGACCAUUUCACAGACAUUUGCUCCGUUGGGUCUCCCUUUGCCCGUGCCAGUUUGAAGAGUGGGAAGAACGAGAGCUCGUCCUACUUCAGGAGGAAGGAGAAGAUGUUCCGCUUCUUCAUCCGCCGCAUGGUGAAGGCUCAGAGCUUCUACUGGGUGGUGCUCUGCGUGGUGGCCCUCAACACCCUCUGUGUGGCCAUGGUGCACUAUGACCAGCCUGAGAAGCUGACCACUGCUCUCUAUUUCGCAGAGUUUGUUUUCCUGGGGCUGUUCCUCACUGAGAUGUCUCUGAAGAUGUAUGGGCUGGGGCCAAGGAAUUACUUCCACUCUUCCUUCAACUGCUUUGACUUUGGGGUGAUCGUGGGCAGUAUCUUUGAGGUGAUUUGGGCUGCAGUGAAGCCGGGCACCUCCUUUGGCAUCAGCGUCCUGCGCGCCCUGCGGCUGCUGAGGAUCUUCAAAGUGACCAAGUACUGGAAUUCCCUGAGGAAUCUGGUGGUCUCCUUGCUGAACUCCAUGAAGUCCAUCAUCAGUUUGCUUUUCCUGCUGUUCCUGUUCAUCGUGGUCUUUGCUUUGCUGGGGAUGCAGCUCUUCGGAGGGCAGUUCAAUUUCCAAGAUGAAACUCCAACCACGAAUUUCGAUACCUUCCCUGCUGCCAUCCUCACAGUCUUCCAGAUCCUGACGGGCGAGGACUGGAACGCUGUGAUGUACCACGGGAUAGAGUCACAGGGCGGCGUCCAUUCUGGAAUGUUCUCCUCCAUCUACUUCAUCGUGCUCACGCUGUUUGGUAACUAUACUCUCCUGAACGUCUUCUUGGCCAUCGCUGUGGACAACCUGGCCAAUGCCCAGGAGCUGACCAAGGACGAGGAGGAGAUGGAGGAAGCCACCAACCAGAAGCUGGCCCUGCAGAAGGCCAAGGAGGUGGCUGAAGUGAGCCCCAUGUCAGCAGCCAACAUCUCCAUAGCUGCCAAGCAGCAGAAUUCCUCCAAAUCCAAGUCGGUUUGGGAGCAGAGGACGAGCCAGAUCCGGAUGCACAACUUCCGAGCCAGCUGCGAGGCGCUGUACAACGAGCUGGACCCCGAGGAGCGCGUCCGCUACGCCACCACCCUGCACAUCCGUCCCGACAUGAAAACCCACCUGGACCGGCCGCUGGUCGUGGAGCCCCGCAGCGAGGGCAGGAACAACCUCACCAAGCUGAGCCCCGUGGAUGUCCAGGAGGUGGCGGAGCACCCCAAACCCACCUCCGCCGAUGGGGCAGAAGCGCCGAGGAAGCACCACCGGCAUCGGGAGAAGGAGAAGCUGGGAGAGCAGGAGAAGGGAGAUGUCACCAAGGAGGAGAGCGGCGAAGCCGGGGCUGGCACCAAGGAGGAGCGGCACCGGCAGCACCGGAGCCGCAGCAAGGAGGUGGAAGGGGGCAGCAAGGAAGGGAAGAGCGACCGUACCAGGGGGCAGGAAGGGGGCAAGAGGCACCACCGGCGGGGCUCGGUGGACGAAGGGGGCGAGAAGGAGCACCGCAGGCACCGCAGCCACCGGCACUCCUCCGACCGGCCCAGCAAGGAGGGCAACGGCACCGCCAACGGCGCCCGCGGCGAGCGGCGCUCCCGGCACCGCGGAGGGUCCCGCUCCGGGAACAGGGAUGGAGAGCCCGGCGCCAAGGGCGACAGCGGAGAGGAGCCCCACCGGCGGCACCGGCUCAGGAACAGGGCCCUGUCCACCUAUGAGUCCGUGGAGAAGGACGGCGGGGAGAAGGAGGGGGAGGCUGGCGAGAAGGAGCACCGCAAUCACCAGCCCAAGGAGAACCAGUGUGAGCUGGAGGCCAGUGGCAGUGGCAGUGGGCCUGGCAGUGUCCCUGUGCACACCCUGCCCAGCACUUACCUGCAGAAGGUGCCUGAGCAGCCGGAGGACGCCGACAACCAGAAGAACGUGACCAGGAUGAUUCAGCCCCCCCUGGACAAAACCACCACUGUGAACAUCCCUGUCACCAUCACUGCCCCUCCAGGGGAAACCACUGUCAUCCCAAUGAACAACGUGGAGUUUGAAAGCAAAACGGAGGAGAAGAAAGACGUCGAUGACCUGACCAAAAAUGGGCCUAAACCAAUCCUGCCUUACAGCUCCAUGUUCAUCCUCAGCCCCACAAACCCGAUCCGCCGCCUGUUCCACUACAUCGUCAACCUGCGCUACUUCGAGAUGGUGAUCCUGAUCGUCAUCGCCCUCAGCAGCAUCGCCCUGGCUGCAGAGGACCCUGUGCAGGCCGAGUCUCCCAGGAACGACGCUCUGAAAUACCUGGAUUAUAUAUUUACUGGAGUCUUCACCUUUGAGAUGGUGAUCAAGAUGAUUGACCUGGGGCUGCUGCUCCACCCUGGCUCCUACUUCCGUGACCUGUGGAACAUUCUGGACUUCAUUGUGGUCAGUGGGGCCCUGGUGGCUUUUGCCUUCUCAGGAACCAAAGGCAAGGACAUCAACACCAUCAAGUCCCUGCGGGUCCUGCGUGUGCUCAGGCCUCUGAAAACCAUAAAACGGCUGCCAAAACUAAAGGCUGUUUUUGACUGCGUGGUGAACUCCCUGAAGAACGUCCUCAACAUCCUCAUUGUUUACAUGCUCUUCAUGUUCAUCUUCGCCGUCAUCGCCGUGCAGCUCUUCAAGGGCCGCUUCUUCUACUGCACGGACGAGUCCAAGGAGCUGGAGAAGGACUGCAGGGGUCAGUACCUCGAUUAUGAAAAAAAUGAGGUGGAGGCACAGCCCAGGGAAUGGAAAAAAUACGAGUUCCACUACGACAACGUGCUCUGGGCUCUGCUCACACUUUUCACCGUGUCCACAGGGGAAGGGUGGCCAACUGUGCUGAAGCACUCGGUGGAUGCCACCUACGAGGAACAGGGGCCCAGCCCUGGCUACAGGAUGGAAAUGUCCAUCUUUUACGUGGUGUAUUUUGUUGUCUUCCCUUUUUUCUUUGUCAACAUCUUUGUGGCAUUAAUCAUCAUCACCUUCCAGGAGCAAGGAGAUAAAGUGAUGUCAGAGUGCAGCCUCGAGAAAAACGAGAGGGCCUGCAUAGACUUUGCCAUAAGUGCCAAGCCCCUGACCCGCUACAUGCCUCAGAACAAGCAAUCCUUCCAGUACAAGAUGUGGAAAUUCGUGGUGUCCCCUCCCUUUGAGUACUUUAUCAUGGUCAUGAUUGCUCUCAACACCAUCGUCCUCAUGAUGAAGUUCUAUGAUGCUCCAGAAGCAUACGAAGAAAUGCUGAAAUGCCUGAAUAUUGUGUUUACAUCCAUGUUUUCCAUGGAAUGUGUGCUGAAGAUCAUUGCCUUUGGUGUGUUGAAUUAUUUCCGAGAUGCCUGGAAUGUCUUUGAUUUUGUAACAGUGUUGGGAAGUAUUACUGAUAUUUUAGUAACAGAGAUUGCGGACAACUUCAUCAACCUCAGCUUCCUGCGGCUCUUCCGGGCAGCCAGGCUCAUCAAGCUCCUCCGCCAGGGCUACACCAUCCGCAUCCUGCUCUGGACAUUCGUGCAGUCCUUCAAGGCCUUGCCUUAUGUGUGUCUCCUCAUUGCAAUGCUCUUCUUCAUCUAUGCCAUUAUAGGCAUGCAGGUGUUUGGGAACAUUGCCUUAGAUGAUGAAACCUCCAUUAAUCGGCACAACAACUUCCGCACCUUCCUCCAAGCCCUGAUGCUCCUGUUCAGGAGCGCCACGGGGGAAGCCUGGCACGAGAUCAUGUUGUCCUGCUUGAGCAACAGAGCCUGUGACCCCCUCUCUGGCCUCACCAAAAAGGAGUGUGGCAGUGAUUUCGCCUAUUUCUACUUUGUGUCGUUCAUUUUCCUCUGCUCCUUCCUGAUGUUGAACCUGUUCGUGGCAGUGAUCAUGGACAAUUUCGAGUACCUAACCCGGGACUCCUCCAUCCUCGGCCCGCACCACCUGGACGAGUUCGUGCGGGUGUGGGCAGAGUACGACCCGGCAGCCUGCGGGCGCAUCAGUUACACAGACAUGUAUGAGAUGCUGAGACACAUGUCCCCACCUCUAGGCCUUGGGAAGAAAUGCCCAGCUCGUGUUGCCUAUAAGCGCCUGGUGAGGAUGAACAUGCCCAUCUCCCCUGAGGAUUUAACUGUGCACUUCACCUCCACGCUGAUGGCCCUGAUCCGCACGGCCCUGGAGAUCAAACUGGCCUCAGGAGGUGUGAAGCAGCACCAGUGUGAUGCUGAGCUGAGGAAGGAGAUCUCGCUGGUCUGGCCCAACCUGUCCCAGAAGACUCUGGAUUUGCUGGUGCCUCCUCACAAACCUGAUGAAAUGACUGUGGGGAAGGUCUACGCAGCCCUGAUGAUAUUUGACUUCUACAAGCAGAAUAAGAACAGCAGGGAGCAAGUCCAGCCCCCCGGGGGCCUGUGCCAGCCCGGGCCAGUGUCCCUGUUCCACCCCUUGAAGGCCACCCUGGAGCAGACGCAGCCCGUGGCCUUCAGCAACGCCAAGGCCUUCCUGCGCCAGAAGAGCUCGGCCUCCCUCAACAACGGGGGAGCCCUGCCACCCCCAGAGGGAGGGAUCAAAGAGUCCAGUUCUUGGGGGACCCAGCGCACCCAGGACGUGUUCUAUGAAACCAGGAGCCCAGCUUUUGAGCGAGGCCACUCCGAGGAGAUCCCCAUCGAGAGGGUGGUAGAAAUGAAGGAGAUCAGCCCCACAGUUGCCAACGGAGAGCCCCAGCCAGGCCUGGAGAGCCAGGGCCGUGCAGCCUCCAUGCCACGCCUGGCUGCUGAAACCCAGCCCAUCCCGGACACCAGCCCCAUGAAGCGCUCGGUCUCCACGCUGGCCCCGCAGCGUCCUCACGCCAUGCACCUCUACGAGUACUCCCUGGAGCGCAUGCCACCAGAGCAGGGCCACCACCACCACCACCACCGCUGCCACCGGCGCAAGGAGAAGAAGCAGAAGUCCUUGGAUAGGGCCGCCCAUCACAUGGCUGAUGGACAAGCUGUAGCCCAGUCUGGAGAGUCUUCUUCCAAGGACAAGAAGCAGGAGCGUGGUCGCUCCCAGGAGAGGAAGCAGCACUCCUCCUCCUCCUCCGAAAAGCAGCGCUUCUACUCCUGCGACCGCUACGGCAGCCGGGACCGUGCCCAGCCCAAAUCUGCUGACCAGAGCAGGCCCACCUCGCCCAACGGGGGCCCAGAGCACGGCCCACACAGACAGGGCAGUGGUUCAGUUAAUGGGAGCCCCUUGCUGUCGACAUCUGGUGCUAGUACCCCCUGCCGGGGUCGGAGGCAGCUCCCACAGACUCCACUGACCCCACGCCCCAGCAUCACUUACAAGACCGCUAACUCCUCGCCCGUGCACUUCACCACUUUCCAAACCCCCACGUUCUCCCCGGGCCGCCUGAGCCGCGGGCUGUCCGAGCACAACGCGCUGCUGCGGGGGGAGCAGCAGCCGCCCCCGCCCGCCGUGGCCCGCAUCGGCUCCGACCCCUACCUGGGCCACCGCGACGAUGCCGCCGACAGCCCGCAGCGCGCCGCGCCCGAGGACACGCUCACCUUCGAGGAGGCCGUGGCCACCAACUCGGGCCGCUCCUCAAGGACUUCCUACGUCUCCUCGCUGACCUCGCAGUCGCACCAAAUCCGCCGCGUGCCCAACGGGUACCACUACACGCUGGGGCUCAACACGGGCCCCGGCGCCAGAGGACGCAGUUACUACCACGAAGCCGAUGAGGAUGACUGGUGCUAGCGGCUCGGCGGAACCCUGCGAGGUGUGCGUGUUUAAUAAGGAUGAGUUUUAUCAUCUGGAGGGCUGGGAGCUCCCGUGGGGGCCCGGGGCCAGAGGUGGCCGGCGGGGCAGCCCUGAGGACUGCUCAGCGCCUGGGGCCGGAGAUGCCCCUGCAGCCUCUCUCUCCUCUGUUGUUCUUUAGUUUUUUUCCUUUUUGAUUUGUUUUUGUUUUGCACUAGACAGAUGGAGGAAGAAGGCUCCCUCCUUCUGGGGAAGGCAGCGAGAGGAGCACAUCCCUCACUGCCCCCUCCCCACUGCCUUGUCUAGUCCCGAGACACGCACCAGGCGCCAACCCGGCCGCGGAGGCCAGGAGCCGGGAGAAGAGCGAUCCUCACCUUCCACGGUGGAAAAGCAGAACUGUGGGUCCUUCUCAUGAUUGGCGCAGUUUUGUUGGGCUAUUUCUUAAUUAAUUUACCAUCAUAAUUCCCCCCUGCCAGGGCGGGAGCCGGGGGUCGCAAAGGGACUCGCGCGAACAACGCGCGCCCCCCGCAUUUUGUCUCGUUGAGCGCUGAGAAGGAAGAGAUGCACCCAAGAAACUGGGAGAGGAGAAACACAGCCCAGAACAAAGGACAGUCCUUUGGGACUUGAUGUUCAGCCACUGCAAUCCUUUAGGGCAGAGCUGGUGCCACCCCCGAGCUGACCCUGCUGUGACACCACUGCCCUGGGGGUCUCUAAUGUCACUCACCACAUUGGGUCCUUCACACUGACACACGGUAAAGCCACAAGAGAGCUCCUUUGUAAGGACUGUUUCCUUGCUGCUGAGACUUUUCAAUCCAUCCCUCUCUCCUGUUGACUGCAACACACCCUCACUGUUUUGUCUUGUUUACAAUAUAAGCUUGAUUUAGCAAAAAACAACUUAAAAAAAAAAAAGUCCACAAAAAAAGAACAACCCGAACAAAAAGAGGAAAAAAAAAAGCGUAGGGUUGAGAAGAAGAAAUGUUAUUGGUUUUAUAUCAAGCUAUUAGAUAGAACUUUAACUUUUCAUUGUGUGCAUUUUUGUAAAUUGUACAGUAAAAAAAAAACCAAAAAAAAAAAAAAGAAAAAAAUUUCCUCUUUCUGUAGAGAAUUAGUCCAAUUGUCAUUCCAGGUCCCACCGUUUCUACCGAAUGCUCCAGUUGUUCACUACUAAGUGCCUAACCUUUGAAAUCUUUCACAGUGACGAUGCAACCUCUUGCUUCGAGGCAUCAGAGCUUGGGCGAGCGUGGGGAGGGCAGAGGGUGUGGGGCCGAGCAGCCGGAGCCUGGAGGGGCCCUGGGGGCACUGUGCCCCAGGCUGGGAGCUUCCAGUGGGGAAGGCAAACGUGCUUUGGGCUUGGUUUGGGUUUGGUUGGCCUUUUAUUUUAUUUUAUUUUAUUUUUGGUUAGAAUAUAGAAAUAUAAAUAUAUAUAUAUAUAUAGAUAUAAUUUUAUGGGUGAGAGGGGAGUGAUUGCAGCAAACAAAGCCGGCCUUGUCUCAUUGCCCAGUGGAGGAAAUGCAGGUGGGAAAGGGCAGCAUCUGCAGGGGUGCUCCUGCAGGAGGAGCAGCAUCUCCCACAGGCCAGCUGAGAGAGCUCUGGCCAUGCAUCACUGGUGUGGAGGGCAGUUGGAGUGAGUUGUUUUUAUUGCCUGAUAGGAGAAGGUUUAAAAAAAAAAAGUGAUGAUAAUAAUAAUAAUAAUAAUAAUCCAAACCUCUAACUCUGAUUCUCAGGGAUGAGAUUUCUGCGUUCUUGCAACGACUUUUGUGUUGGCUGGUUUCUUUCUUUUGUGCCCGUGUGGAUUCCUGCACUGUGAGCCUGGGAAAAGGGCAAACACGCUGUGCUGGCGGGGAGGGAGGCUGGGGGCAAAGCCCGGCCAGGACCUCCUGCCCAGGGCUCUGCUGAGCCCUUGUCGGGCUGGUUUGGGGCACAGGGCAGCCAGAGGAUGUGGAGAGGUUAAAAGGUGAAAGGAGGAAGGGUGGGAGGUGCUGAGCACAUCCCUAAAAGCGCCGCUAGGAUAGAGGAUAGGGUUGGAGAGGUGAAUUUUUUCAGAGGAUCUACCAGGCCCCAGACCUGUGGAACUUCGCCAGGCGCGGCAGUCGCACGGGGUGGGUGGAAAUCCCGCUGGCCCUGGCGAUCUGUUCCGUCCCUGGGUUGCUUGGAGGGGAUCAGAUACCACCAAAAUGCUCAGGAGGUCUCUCAUGCUCUCAGCAAAGUCUGUCAGCCUCAGGCAGGAGCAGUCUGCUCUAGGGUGGUUCUUCACAUCUCCUGUAGCUCUUCUCUUGAGGAAACUCAACCCGGUUUUGUUCCCUCCGGUGUUUUGUUUUAAUUUUGUUCUGUUCAGUAGCAAUCUCUGGCCGAUCUCAUCCCUGGAUUCUGCUAAAGGAUAACUCCUGUCUGUAUCUCUGUCUCUGUACUCGUGUGCACUCGGAAUAAAGGCAGUGUGGUAGCCAGAGGUCACGGCUGGCAUUCCUGGCAUUCCCAAACGGAGGGCUAUGCAACCAGAUGACACGUCCGGACACACACCCACCCCACCACCACUCCAAGACCUUCAUCCAUCUCUAGCUUUAGCUGCUGGAUUUUCCUGUUUCAGGCUUCAGCGCGAUUGUGACCAAAUGUUUUAUACAUUUUCCUGAAAUGAAGGCACAAACACCUUAUUUGAAAUUUUCCAAGGGAACGUUCCUAUUUUACUCCAGGAAGUCGAGGGGAAGGGACAACACCAUCUCUCUGCCCGUGCAUGCAAACACUGUACCCACACUGGAAAGCAACAGAGAUGUCUUUCUGUACGGAAUAAUUCUGUCUUUUCCCCCUUUUCCUCUCCCAUUUUCCAUCCUCAACCCCCCAGCCCUGCACUAACAGUUUUGGGUCACCCCAAUUCAUAGGCAGAACACGAAGAAGAAUCUCAAGUUGUCCAAAUCCUCCACCCGCCUCGUAGGGGUCGAUGACAGUGACAGACAAGCCUGACCACAAUUAUCCAUAACCCUUUCCUGACAUUUUUUUACAGCCUCUCUGCUGUCUCUCCAUCUUUCCAAGAAUCCUCAUAGUGAGUUGCCAAACUUGAAUUGCACCGAUCAGUUUUCUGCAUCCAGAACCAGUCUCGUAGUGGCUGUACUUUGAAUAAGUAAUGUUUGCAUGUAAUAUAUAUACAUAUAUACAUAUCUAUAAAAAGUAUGUGCAUGGAAAAUGUUUAUCUUCGUACUUUUUUGAUACAAUGUAUUCAUCAGUUGUUAAUUUUUAAUUAUAUUUGAUAUAAAUUUGGGGGUUUGUUGCAAAACUUUAUAUUUAAAAAACAGUGUGAAAAACGAUCAAAGUUCCAACCAUGCAACACAAGUGGAACUUUACCCAAAAAAAAAAUAAGGGAGAAAAAAAUUGAGAAAAAAAAAAAGGUUCUGUGAUUGCCUAGUUUGCUGCCUGAGUAAUAUUUAUCAGCCAAACUUUGAAUUCUGCAGUUGUUUCUACAAUUCCAUUUUGUAUGAAGCAAAGUCCUUGAAUUAAAAUAAAAACUUAGCAAAAAAAAACCAACCUGAGCAAUUCCCAGACGGUGUGUGCGGUGUGCCUGCUGAGCGGGAGGCGCUGAGGGCCGGCCCCGAGGGCUUGCCCACCUCCAGGAGUGACAGCCCGGGAGAAACUGCAUUCCACACUGGCAUUUUGCCAGGAAUUGGCCACAUCUGUGGGGUUUUUUUUGUCCAUAGAGGCUUCACAGAUGCUUGGUUUGAGUAGGGAGCUGUUUGGAAAUUUGUGGUGUGGAUCCAGCAUGGAGAUCGCAGUUCUUGGAGUCCAACAGGCAGCAGAACUGUAAAUCUGAGGGUUAAAAUCCCCCAGAAGGGAUUGAUUCCUGCCAGGCUUUUAACAGAGGGAAGUUUCUCCUGUAAAACGCUGGCACAGGUUGCCCAGAGGAGCUGUGGAUGCCCCAUCCCUGGAAGCAUUCCCGGUCAGGUUGGAUGUGGCUCUGCACAAGCAGAAGGUGCCCCUGCUCGUCCCAGAAGGGUUGGACUCUAAAACCUUUCAAGGGUAUAACCCUAAACCCAACCCAGACUGUUUCAUGUGUGGCUUCCUUUGGCUCCAAUCCUGACUGAACCCUGGCCCCACUCCCUGCAGGUGUUCCUCGGGCUCCCUCAGAAGUCAGCAGCCUGAGGGGCUGGAUUGGUGUCAGAGUCUGUUACAGGCCCUGCUGCAGCACCUGGAGAAAACAGAGUUAAUCUUAAUCAUACUUGUGGAAUUAAUCGGAAGUUUGUACUUCCAAGGCUUGCACUGAAUAGAAAAACCCAAGGGCUGUUGGGACAGAAGGAAAGAACUUCUCAUUUCUCUUUAUAACUGGAGAAUCCCCCUCACUCCUUUCCAGGGACAGAAAUCCACUGUGUUCCUCCUUCUCAGGGUCUUGUGGUGUCACACAACACCAAGGACUCCAGAAAUUCUUGGAUGCUGUAGAGAACUUUUUAGAGCACGAGGUCUUGACUCUUCUCUCUUUUGUUGUCUUUUCUGUGAUGAGACCACCCAAGGUCCCACCUGAGAUUUGGUGUGGAGUUAAAGGAAAGCGUCCUCAAGCCCCUGAUCUCCAGGUCAGGCUGGAGCUUGGGAAGGAGAUGUUUGGCUUCAGGUCACACAGUUCAUGGUUAGCAAGGGUUGGGGCAGGAGAACCUUCCUUGGCUUGCAGCCUGGUCUGUGCUGGGUUUGGGGUUCUUGGCUGGAUGACACUGAAGGGUACCAUUUUUAUUUUCUGAAAUAUCCCAAAUAAACAUGAAAUGGAGAUUUCUGAGCAGGGUCCAAGGGAAGGUUUGAAGUGGAGGAUUUGGGAAUCAGUGUCCACCCCAACCACUGAGGAUACCCUGCAGGAUUUGCUUCACCACAACCACCUGGGAAGCUGCAAUCUGCUUGGGGAGCACCUCUCCCCUUCACACCUGGAUCACAGAGACCUCCAAACCCACUUUACAACCCCGUAUGAGUUUUUAAAUCCUAAAAUCCUUUUGAUGACUCUCUGCCCUUUUAAAGAAUUUUUUUUUCCUUUCCUUCUCCUUAUUCCACUUGUGCUCUUUGGGUGCAAGGCAGCAAUGAAUCCAUCAGCUUCUCCAGGGCCUGCCUGAGCCCUGGGCUGAGGGAGCUGGGACAGGCAGGGUCCCUGAUCCCACACUCCCACACCUGAGAUGCUGCAGCUGGAACCUCUGGCUUUGAGUUCAGCUGAAUCCCAAAAAUGGCGUUAUUUUUGUUUCUCAUCCCAUUCCUGGUGGAAGGUUUUGCUGUCAGAGUGUUUGCCCCCCCAGGGGCACAUCUUUCUAGCAGAGACAACACAGUUUCCAUUCCCUUCACUCCCUGUGGAUAAAACCUGGAUCAGCUUUUCCUAGGCCAGCACCCCACACCCGGUUGUGCCAUUAGGGGGUAGCAUUUUCAGGCUUUUUCUACUUUCUAGGGAAACAGAAAAAAAUAGAAAAAACACUGAUUCAAAAGGCUUGAGAGUCAUUCCCUGGAACAUUUGUCUUGGGAUGCAGAAAAUUCAGGCACACCUGAGUUCAAGAUGCUCAGGGAAUUUGGCUUUUUUUAUUCCCUGGAGCAUGAAAAGCUGGGAUCAUCUGCUGAUUCCUCAUUCCAGCCACAUUUCAGACAGCACCCACAGACUCCUACAUCCCCUCCAAGGUGACAGAUUACUCAUCCCAGUGUAUUCAUCCCUCUUUAUCAAGCCUAAGCAGAUCUCCUGAUAUUUUCCAGGCUGUGAAAACACCGUUUUCACAAAGUGCCUGAUGGUGAUAACAAACCUCCACUCAACGCUGUCACUCAGCACAUUCCAAAAUAUUUUGGAGAAGAGGCAAAUUUUGCAUUUUUGAUUAAAAAAAAAAAGUCACUUGAGACCCUUGAAAAGGACUAAAUUGCCCAGGGUCAAGUGAAGACAAGGUUAAGGUCGUUCUGUGUCUUCUUUUAUGUUUGAAGUCACUGGGGUGUGCAGGAUUAUUUUACAACCAUAGGUUUUUAAUAGGAUCCCAGUGAGGAGGGGUCACUGGGAAUUUAGCAUCUCCCUAGCAGGGAAUUCCCUUGGGGAGAAUUUAAAGGGCAGAGCAGUAAGAGAAAUGCUGGAAGGUUUGGGGACUGAGGGCUGGCAGCAAUUCAUGCACUGGGGGCUCUGAGAAGGGUGUGCAGAUAUUUGGGAGUGAAGUUUGGGUGGGUGAGUCAGCAGGAGAACAGAAAUCUGAGCAAACCAACCCUGAGAGAAGGGAUGGAAAUCCAAAAUGGAACCCCUCCACCCAAGGAGGGAGGCAGGAACAAGCUGGUGGAGCAGAGCUGUUAAUUCAAAGCAAAUAACGGGAGUUUAUUCAUUUUAGCCUCACCUCCACUUUCUGUCGUUGCUCUGAAACAGAAUAUCCCAGCCCUGGCUUUGUCUGUGUCUGUUUUCAUUAUUUCUCGGGUUAUGGCAGCCUUUUUUUCUGCCCAGCACACACAGAGGAGGAGCAGGAGGAGGUGUGGUCCUUGUCCAGCUCCUCAUGCACACCCACAGGGGUGGAAACCUGAAUUUUCUCUCUGAGGGCUGAGGAGGGCGUGGAUGUGGUUGUGUCACUGGAUACAGCAGAUGAGAGGGUGGUUAAAAAGAGGAUGCUGAGCUGAGAGAGGACUGUGGCACAGGAAUCCUGGGAAUCUGACAAGGGGAUUUUCCUCCUCAUGGGUUGGAGAGUGUUGGAAAGACCUGGUUCUGCAGGUGAUCCACCUAAACCAGACCUGGUUCUGCAGGUGAUCCACCAAAACCAGACCUGGUUCUGCAGGUGAUUCACCAAAACCAGACCUGGUUCUGCAGGUGAUCCACCUAAACCAGACCUGGUUCUGCAGGUGAUCCACGGAAACCAGACCUGGUUCUGCAGGUGAUUCACCAAAACCAGACCUGGUUCUGCUAGUGGUCCACCAAAACCAGACCUGGUUCUGCAGGUGAUCCACCUAAAAAAGACCUGGGUCUGCUAGUGGUCCACCAAAACCAGACCUGAUUCUGCAGGUGAUCCAUGGAAACCAGACCUGGUUCUGCAGGUGAUCCACCAAAACCAGACCUGAUUCUGCAGGUGAUCCAUGGAAACCAGACCCGAUUCUGCAGGUGAUCCACCUAAACCAGAUCUGGUUCUGCAGGUGAUCCACCUAAACCAGACCUGGUGGGAUGUGCAAGGAGCAGAGGGCAGAGUCCCACAGGUCCCCCAGGGGUGGGGUGCCAAGGGAUGGGACAUGUGCUGCUGGGACAGAUGCUCGCAGCCGAGGGAAUCAAUCAGUGAGAUUCUGGAAGGAAAGGCAAACCUGUGUCACGUGUUCUUGACAAA